AAUCCAAAAGUUAAUUUUGAUGGCGCAUUCAGUCAUUGUGAGGCGUCCAUCAGGUGUGCAAAUGUCCGGGAACGUUGCAUGUUGAAAAGUGCACGCUGGCGACAUGUUUAGUGGUCCUAAUAUGUCACCGAACAUCACCCGAUGUCAGCACCAGGGCUGGAUGAGGGUCAUCGACAUGAAAGGUUCAUCAAUCCACUGGAUAUCUUGUGGACGGCCACUAUCAGAACCAAUCGGGUGGCAGGUCAAGUUUUGCUUGGUUGCAGAAUGUCAACUAGUUCUUCUGGACAAAAGAGAGAUCAGUCCAUUGCUGUUCCGAGAGCGCCGCGCUGAAUCUUGCACUGUAUGGCUCCUGCGACGUAGCACCAGCAUUCCCGAGGGAGUUCAGAUCCGUAAGGACCAGAGCACUCAAACCAGAAAUAGCAAGUCACUCACUGACAGGGUGGGCCGGCGGCGCAGCAUGCCUGGCAGUACGGUGGACAAAACGGUGGUCGCUAUGGAUGCAGACACGUCAACACCUUUUAAAGUCACGGGCUUUCUCAGCCGCAGACUGAAGGGUUCCAUUAAACGCACCAAAAGUCAACCGAAGCUCGACCGGCACAGCAGCUUCAGGAACAUCUUACCGGGCUUCAAGAGCGCGGAGAAUGACAGUAGAUCCCAUCUGAUGCCGAGGCUGAAGGAAUCGCGGUCUCACGAGUCGUUGCUCAGCCCCAGCAGUGCAGUUGAAGCUCUAGAUCUUAGUAUGGAGGAGGAAGUGCUCAUCAAACCUGUGCACAGCAGCAUCCUGGGACAGGAUUUCUGCUUUGAGGUAACUACUUCAACAGGAAGCAAAUGCUUCUCAUGUCGAUCGGCUGCCGAGAGAGACAAAUGGAUGGAGAAUUUGAGACGUGCCGUGCAUCCCAACAAGGAUAACACCCGUCGGGUGGAAAACAUGCUGAAAUGUUGGAUUAUCGAAGCCAAGGACUUGCCGGCAAAGAAAAAAUACUUCUGUGAACUUUGUCUGGAUGACACAUUAUAUGCACGGACUACCUGCAAACUCAAAACGGACAAUGUUUUCUGGGGCGAACACUUUGAGUUCAACAACCUGCCCUCAGUCAAGAGUAUCACUGUGCAUCUUUACAAGGAAACAGAUAAAAAGAAAAAGAAGGACAAAAAUAAUUACGUGGGCCUGGUCAAUAUCCCCAUGGCGGCGGUCACCGGGCGACAGUUUGUGGAGAAAUGGUAUUCCGUGAGCACGCCGAAUCCCAACAAAGGAAAGAGUCCGGGACCUAUGGUCCGAAUGAAAUCCCGAUAUCAGAGCAUGAGCAUCCUUCCCAUGGAGCUGUACAAGGAGUUUGCAGAGUAUAUUACUAACAAUUAUAUGUUGAUGUGCUCAGUGCUGGAGCCAGCUUUAAGUGUGAAGAACAAAGAAGAGAUGGCUUGUGCACUUGUCCAUAUCUUACAAAGCACAGGCAAGGCCAAGGACUUUCUGACAGAUCUGAUGAUGUCUGAGGUGGACCGUUGCGGAGACAAUGAGCAUCUCAUAUUCCGUGAGAACACACUGGCCACUAAAGCUAUAGAGGAGUACCUGAAACUAGUGGGACAGAAGUACCUUCAGGACGCUUUAGGAGAGUUCAUCAAAGCUCUGUAUGAGUCAGACGAGAACUGUGAGGUGGAUUCGUCUAAGUGCUCCUCCAGCGACCUGCAUGAGCACCAGAGCAACCUCAAGAUGUGCUGUGAGCUGGCUUUCUGCAAGAUCAUUAACUCUUACUGCGUGUUUCCUCGGGAGCUCAAAGAAGUGUUUGCGUCCUGGAGGCAUGAAUGCAGUAGCCGAGGACGGCCAGACAUCAGCGAACGCCUGAUCAGUGCCUCUCUCUUCUUGCGUUUCCUGUGUCCUGCUAUCAUGUCGCCCUCACUCUUCAGCCUCAUGCAGGAAUAUCCCGACGACCGUACCGCCCGCACACUCACGCUCAUUGCCAAAGUAACGCAAAACCUCGCCAACUUCACCAAGUUUGGCAGUAAGGAGGAGUACAUGUCCUUCAUGAAUCAGUUCUUGGAGCAUGAAUGGACCAACAUGCAGCGCUUCCUGCUGGAGAUCUCCAACCCAGAGACCAUCUCAAACACAGCAGGCUUCGAGGGUUAUGUUGACCUGGGCCGUGAACUCUCCACUCUCCAUUCUCUUCUGUCAGAAGCGGUCUCACAGCUCGAUCAGAGUACUAUCACCAAGCUGGGUCCUCUAGCGCGGAUCCUGCGGGACGUGAAUUCAGCCCUGACGAACCCCACCGGAGUCCCUGUGCCGUCUCCCACCGAGCGCGUGGGCUCCCCCAGUCUACCCAGCAGCAGCCUGUCUACCGGUCUGCAGAAAAUGGUCAUGGACAGUGAGAUCACAGGGUUGGUGGAUUUCACUCGGCUGCCCUCGCCUACCCCCGAAAACAAGGAUCUAUUUUUUGUGACAAGGAAUUCUGUGAUUCAGCCGUCGCCGGCCCGCAGCUCCAGUUACUCAGAGGCCAACGAGCCAGAUGUUCAGAUCCCUAACGGCAGCAAGAGCUUGUCAAUGGUGGACCUGCAGGACAGUCGUUCACUUGAGAGCGCUCCCAACACCUCCUUCAGCGACCCCCUCAAUGACAGCCAGACCUCCGUCGGCCAGGGCACGGGAGUGUGGACCACCCGCACUGCUAAGGGCAACACGCCCAGCGGUCCGACACUAAGGAGAGCAGGUCAGACCCCCACGACACCGAGCACAGAGACCGCCCCGGGAAGGUCUCAGCUGCUUGCCCCGCUCUCGUUCCAGAACCCUGUGUACCAGAUGGCUGCCGGAUUGCCCGUGUCGCCCCGUGCGGUGGCCGAUUCGGGAUCUGAAUGCCAGAGUUCCAUCAGCUCCCAGAGUAACGCAGAGGAAGCAGCUACUGCGGGGUCAAAGCACCCGUUCCUGGGCCAGUCCAGCGCGGGGGCCAGUGGGGGAGGGGGCAGCAGCGGGGAUGAGUUCAUUCGGCGUUCUGGAGAGUUCACCCGCAGACAGCUGUCCCUCACGGAGGCCCAACACCAGACCAACGUACCGCGGCAGAACAGCGCAGGGCCACAGCGCCGGAUAGACCAGCCGCCUCCAGCCGUCACAAGAGGCCGCACUCCACCCAACAUGCUCAACACCGCACCCUACCCCCGCCCCUCCAGUGGAAGCAUGAUGUCAUCAUCUCCUGAUUGGCCAAGCAGCGGCACCAGACUGAGGCAGCAGUCGUCGUCCUCCAAAGGGGACAGUCCAGAAUCCAAGCAGCGGACCCUGCACAAACAAGCUCCAUCCCCUGUGAAUCCCAAUGCGUUGGACCGCACUGCUGCAUGGCUGCUGAAUAUGAAUGUGCAAUAUUUGGAGCAGGAGGGAAUUGACCCAGAUUCGAAACACCGGGAGGACUUUCCUAACAAGGAGGAUCUCACACCAACUGAAAAGUAUCAGCAGGAGAUAGCUGUCCUGCAGGAGAAGCUGCGUAUCUCUGCUAAGAAGCUGGAAGAGUAUGAAUCUCGCAUGAAAAGCCAGGACGACCAAACCCAGAAGAUGCUCCUGGAGUACCAGGCCCGGCUGGAGGACACGGAGGAGCGAUUACGCAAGCAGCAAGAUGACAAAGAGCUCCAGAUGAAAAGCAUCAUCACCAGGUUGAUGUCAGUUGAAGACGAGCUGAAGAAAGAUCACGCCGACAUGCAGGCCAUCGUAGACUCCAAACAGAAAAUCAUCGAAGCCCAGGAGAAGAGAAUCGCAUCCCUGGACGCCGCGAACGCCCGGCUAAUGAGCGCUCUGUCUCAGCUGAAGGAUCGGUACAGCAUGCAAACGAGGAACGGCAUCUCUCCCACCAACCCUACGAAGCUCCAGAUCACGGAAAACGGAGAAUUCCGGAACAGUAGCAACUGCUAGCGUGGAUACAAACACACACGGCUAGUGAUGGACAAGGGCUAUGGGUAACUCGCGGAAACAAUACGGAAAAAACGGCACUCCAGCAGGUUUAA